AUGGGGUCCAUCCCUGUCAUUUUACCGAUAGGGAAACUGAGGUCGGUCCAGGGAAGGUAUAGGAGGUCCUUUCCGGGGAGAGGAAAGAACAUCUCUGCUUCGCAGGAAGGAAGCACCACGACCCUAAUUGUCCUCCGAGUCGCAGCAGCUUCACGCUGGCUCUACGGGAUCUGUAUAAUCCUCAGCUGCGGAGGCCCUGCAGAAACGGCUACCGCAGCCGCAGCCGCCGCCGCCGCCGCCGCCGCCGCCGCCAGGGAAAGCUUCCGGUGCGGCGGAGGUGGUUCCGGUUCGCAGCGGUUCCCGGGUUCUGUGUUCGGCUCCCGGCCGGAAACCCCCUCGCGUGGCGCCCGGUUCCGGUUCGGAUCCUAUAUCUUCUCUGAAUUAUAUGAUGUGAGAAGACUGGAAAUGGAUGAAAUUUCUGAUACUAUGAGGAUGGAUUCUGGAGAAAUAACUUUAGUGAACCACAACACCAUAUUCAAAACACAUCUCCUGCCAGAGAUAGGUUUUCAAGAAAAUCAACUUUCACUUUCUGACCGCCAGGGUUUGCCUUCCAGGGCUGAAAAUUUGAAUCCAUCUUUUACUUGUUCCACAAGGAGUUCAGUAUAUAACCCAAACUAUUAUUCAGAUAGCACUUCCUCAGAAAGUUUUCUGGUUGAGCCAAGAACAUAUGGCCAGAGUAUGAAUGGCCACUGGAGAAAUUCCACCCCUGCACCGACUUCAGCUUUACAGAAACCUAGAAUCAGCCGGAGUCUCUACCAUGAUAGUCGAAAGGUCGCCAGGAUUACAAAGGAAACCAAUUAUAUUGGAAAAAAGUUCAUGGACUCCAGAUUUAGAAUCCCUGCUCUAAAUGGAAUGUCAAAUACAUUUGUUGGAAAGUCAAAUCAUCACUGUCAUAUGACUGCUUAUGAAAAAACUUUUCCUAUUAAGCCUGUUGCGAGUCCAUCAUGGAGUGGUUCAUGUCGUCGUAAUCUUUUAAGUCCGAAGAAAACCCAGAGGCGAUAUAUUAGUACAGCAGAAGAGACAGUUCGAGAAGGAGAGAGAGAGAUCUACAGACAGUUGCUACAGAUGGUUACUGGAAAACAAUUUUCAACAGCCAAACCUACCACACAUUUUCCUUUACACCUGUCUCGAUGCCUCAGUUCCAAUAAGAGUGCUUUGGAAGAACCAGUAUUUAAAAAUUCAAACACCUAUACAACCCAAUCCAUUGGGUCUGACACUCCAUCAAGCAGCUCAGCUAGCAUUUUAAAUACCCAAGAACAGCUAUCCCACCCCAAUAUACCAUUUCGCCAGUCUUCCUACCUCCCAGAUGUUGCUACAAAUGAAUCGAAGAAUUCUGGUCUCCACAGUCAAUCUCAUCAACACCCUUCUCCUCCACAUCCGCCAGAUCACAUACCAGCUCCAAAUACACAGUCUGAAGGAACAGAUUCUGUCAUUUUACUCAAGGUGAAAGAUUCCAGAGCUCCCACUCACAGUUCUUCCUUCUUCCAGGCAGAGCUGUGGAUCAAGGAAUUAACCAGUGUUUAUGAUUCUCGAGCACGGGAGAGAUUACGCAAAAUUGAAGAGCAGAAAGCUCUGGCAUUACAGUUCCAAAACCAGAGACUACAAGAAAAAGAGCAUUUGGUAGCUGAUUCAAUAGACCUGCAUCUUCGAGUGCCUCUUGAAAAGGAGAUCCCUGUCACAAUCACCCCAGAAGAAGAAAAGGAGCCUAGCAAAGUAACUGAUAGUGAAGAGGAAUUUCCUGAAAUCACUGAGGAAAUGGAGAAAGAGAUAAAGAAUGUGUUCCGUAAUGGCAACCAAGAUGAGGUUCUCAGCGAAGCAUUCCGUCUGACUAUUACCCGAAAGGACAUUCAGACUCUCAACAACUUGAACUGGCUCAAUGAUGAGAUCAUCAAUUUCUAUAUGAAUAUGAUAAUGGAGCGAAGUAAAGAAAAGGGAAUGCCAAGUGUUCAUGCAUUUAAUACCUUUUUUUUCACCAAAUUAAAAACAGCUGGGUAUCAGGCAGUGAAACGAUGGACAAAGAAAGUGGAUGUAUUCUCUGUGGACAUUCUUUUGGUACCUAUUCAUCUGGGAGUACACUGGUGUUUAGCGGUAAUAGACUUCAGAAAGAAGUACAUCACCUAUUAUGAUUCAAUGGGUGGAAUAAACAGUGAAGCCUGCAGGAUCUUGCUGCAGUACUUAAAGCAGGAGAGCCUUGACAAGAAAAGGAAGGAAUUUGAUACCAAUGGCUGGCUUCUCUUCAGCAAGAAAAGUCAGGAAAUUCCCCAGCAAAUGAAUGGGAGUGACUGUGGGAUGUUUGCCUGUAAAUAUGCUGAUUGCAUUACCAAAGACAGACCAAUCAAUUUCACACAGCAACACAUGCCAUACUUCCGGAAGCGGAUGGUCUGGGAGAUUCUUCACCGGAAGCUUCUUUGAGAGCCACCAUGGCCAUCAGUCACUGACCUUGUGGGGGACCAGCUCUGGGCUGUUUCCAAGAGACCUUGGGAACAACUGCUCCCACCUCCUUGUUUUGUUUGUUCAUUGUUUGUUUGUUCAUUCGUUUGUUUGUUUUACCCUGAAAGAACUUCCAUCCUGGACCAGACCCUGGCAAGAUGCAUUCACAAGCACACCUGCCUUUCCUUUUGUAUCUCAAAACCUAUUUUUGCAACGUAACUUUGGUGCUGUGAAGAGAGAGAGUAAGGGACUUUCUCAAACCGAAAAAGACUGUUUUCCCCUUCUCAAAUUAUGCCAUCUUCUUUUAAAAGGACUCCAUCCACACCCAGUCCUUGUUACCAGAAUGGGCCCUGCCAGUUUCCUCAAAACCUGAAUAGGCUUGGAAAUGAUCUUUGUUUCAGAUGUACUACUGGUGUUUGGUUGUAUUGGGAGGUAUGGGUAUGCGUGCACCCAUGCUUACCCAUACCCAGCUGUCAACAUUCAUGGACAAGAAUGUCUUUUUAAACUGGAUCUUGGUAUGUGCAUGGACCACUGUUCCCAUUCAGUGUCUCCUGCAUGGAAGCUGACUUCUUUGUAAAUUUUUUAUUUUAUCAUCUCUCAUCUCCUGUUCAUUUCCAGUCCUUCAUCUGAAGGGCAAUGUACAGGUCCUGGACCCCCAGAACCCUUUCUCUGGAUGUGGAGUUUUACCAAUGAGGGGAGUUUGUGGGUUAGGGAGAACCACACAGGAAGCAGAUUGGAGAAGCAACAAAGCCCCAUUUUCACUGGCUUCCAUUUCUGGCAAGGAAAAGGAUCUCAGUCUUUAACAAAAUUCCAGCAUUGAAUGAAUGUAGGUCCAGUCCAAUCUGUGGCAAGUUAGUUUAAAUAUAUUUCUAACCACAGAGAAUGUAAUAUAUGUAUUUCACAAGGAAAUGCUUCUUUUUUAAAAAAGAAAAAAAAAAGCUGUGUUCAUUAGUCAUACUGCAGACUUGUUUCCAUUUUCCAAAUUUAGCUCUAGCAUGCACAGAGCCUGGGCCUUGUAUGCAGGGUAUUCAUGGGCUUUCUGACAGAACCUUUUGAAACUUGAAUGAAUUCUGACUGAGGAGAGGGUGGAGGGUGCAGUGUGUGGAGGGGAACGAGUUAUUCAGUUCUAGGACAGGCAGGGUUUGAGCUUCCUGACUUGGGAUGCUCUUUCUAGCACCCUCCUCCUGCCACUUAAGAGUCUCCUUAGGGUUAGGUAGUGAAGAUGAACUGGCAGUGUCAUUUUGUACUUGAGUUCCAAAGAAGGAACAUUUUAUACUUUUUCUGCAUUGUAAUAGGUAGUUUUGUAUUGAAAUCCUCCCUGUCCCACCUCUCUCAUCCUAUCCCUUCUCUUAUGGCACUUUCCCCGGUCUCAUUCAAAGAUUUUAUUGUUUUCUAAGCUCGUUUAGUACAUUUUUGUAUGUUUACCACAAGUUACAAUUUUGAAAUGAAAGUUAUUUUUUUUAAUAUUCCAUUGUUAACUGAAUGUUGAUGUGUCCACCCCAGCAGCCAUCUUAUCUCUUUACCAGUCUGCCUUCUUGGGAAAGGCCACUUGUUUUUCGUGUUUUGUAUAGGAAAUAAAUGACUUUCAAUGCCA